AUGGCAGGCCAAGCUCUCCGAUCUCAUCUAGCAGAACCCAUCAGCGGCGGUGUUGCACGGAGCGGGACCUUAUGUGCGGGAUUAUUUCACCAGCAACACGACGUUUCCGAGGCGUAUACACUCAUAUCUAUUCAAAAAGAAAAGCAAUCAAAUUGCAAUUAUAACCUUGAACAACGAUGGAUAGAUUAUGACAGAUGGAUACGAUGGGUUGCACGGGAAAGGAACGGGCACCCUGGAGAGACACACGACAGGUGCGAAGCUCCUUGUUUUGUUGUGCUGUGCCGUUAUUGCUAUUUGCAUAUUGCUAUACCCUUGACGCCCGAUCCACCGAUGGGCCGCCGGGCUCAAAAGGUCAUCGAUUUAAUCAUUCAGCCUUCAUGCUGCUUCCCCUCGCCUUCCACCCUUCCCCUCAUCCUUGUUCCUCUGUUCUGCAACGAUGGCAAAUCCUUUGUAGCAUUCGACAUCCGUUCCGUGCGCAUUUGGGUGAAGAGCGGACGAGCUAUUUUAGUAUUGCUACAUGUCGACUUUCCCGAAAAUCGAAAAUCUCCUCGAGGAUGCCCUAACCGCCCGAACGACGAAUCUCGCUUUCUCCUCAAAGGCAGCGUCGUUCAGCAGCAGCUCAUGGUGCUGUUCGCUACCGACACAGACAGUGAAACACCUCUGUCUCGAUUGACUUUGACACCGCCUUGUCGUCCUGGGCUCCAUCGGACACGUCCCGCAGCGGAGAUCAAUGCGCUGCAACGAACGUCACAGCAACACGAAACCUCAGGUCAUAAGGCAAGCAUCUCAAAGAGUCAUCUCCUGCUACCUCAUGUCACCUGCUUGCAUGCGAUGUGGACGACAAACGCGUUUCCGUACAAAUAG